AUGUUAGAAAAGUAUUUCAAUGCUCUGUCAAUUUUAAGUUUUGACAAGGCUAAAGAAAUAUUGGAUAAAGAAAAAGAUAUACGUUCAGGUUAUCUAGUAUGGACUAAGUUAAUUGAAUAUUUAUAUCAAAUAAUUCAAUUGGAAAAAGGUUAUCAUAAUCUUGGUUUUUCAGUAACAAAAUGGGGCACAAAGAAAGAUAAAACACUGAUUGCGGCCUACUCUGAACUUCAAACAGAUAUUCAUGUUCAAAUUGAAGUCGAGCAUAAUCAUAGUCAAGGAUCAUCCAGUUCAAACGAAAUAACACAAUUUAAACUGUUGAAGGAUGGAUUACAUCAAUUUUUAAAUAUUCGUGUUAAAUUAUUGAGAUUACAUGAGAUUGAAACAUUGUCACUAUUGUUAAAUGUACAUUAUUUUAUUUGCGAAUAUCAGUAUUUAAAUGCGCUAUCAAAUUUGCAUCAAAUGCAAGCAACAUUAAAAGAAUGGAAUGAUAAAGUGGAAAAUGAAGCAAAACUUUUUGUACCAGCCCGUAAGCCAGCAUUGAUUACAUGGUUUUCAAAAACACAUGAAUUUCUCGUAGCCAAGUUUUCAAUUUAUUUUUUCGAUUAUUUACAACUUUAUGGUGGUUGCAUUCUAAGUGAUAUGAAAAUUUUUUUAUCGAAAACAAAUCCAGAUUUUUAUUCAAAAAUAUCACAAUUUCAGCGAAAAACAAAUUGUGAGUGGAUUACAAUUGCUUUACAAACGGAUCAACAACUUCAAACAUAUCACAGUGAGUUCAGCAUACUCUUAUAUGAAUGAGGAAUAUAAUGACUGAAAGGCGACUAUGAUGUUUUGACCACAAAACGGGAUAUAUGUAGGUUUGUAGAGGAAGAUUUCCGCUAUCUAGUGGUGUAUAUAUUAUCAAAUUCUGUUGCGUACCGUGAGAGAAAAUUAAAAGUAACCCCUCUUUUUUUUAGACUCUUUUAGAAAUUUUUUUAAUUUUUGAGUUAAAUGUUCUGCAUUAUAGAGUAAAGUGUCCUCUACAAAGUAAGACCACUUCCAGCUUUCCAAGACCUUCCGUUGAGGAGAUACAAAUUCUUUAAAGUUUGUUACUUUACGCUGAAAAAAACCUACUUUUUUACUUGCGAAACGUUUUUC